AUGCGGUUCUUCCAUCUCACUGCAUUGGCGUAUCUGCUGGUGGAACGAGGACACGCAGUUCAAGUCAACCCGCUACCUGCUCCGCGAGAAAUCGAAUGGGGAACCUCUGGACCACGAUACCUCGAUUGGCAUGUCCGAUUCAACGGCCCCGGUGACCAUACAAUUCAAGCUGCAUGGCGUCGGGCAUGGAAUACCAUUACACGACUGCGAUGGACACCGGCAGUGACAGAAGCCCCUAUACCAACCUUUGCGCCUUUCCCAAGUGACAACGAGAAACGCGAUGCUCUUCAUAGCCGUGGCACCGUCCGCAAUGUCAACGUGAAGGUCGACGACACCGACACCGAGUUGCAACAUGGCGUCGAUGAAUCAUAUACCUUGCAGAUCUCCGAAGACUCAGACAAGAUUGAAAUCACCGCGAAGACCACCUGGGGGGCUCUCCACGCCUUUACUACUCUUCAACAGAUUGUCAUUGCACAUCACGGACAGCUGCUGGUUGAACAACCCGUGAAGAUUACAGACUCUCCGCUCUACUCCGUUCGUGGCGUUAUGGUUGACACCGCUCGCAACUUUAUCAGUGUGAGAAAGAUAUUCGAGCAGAUUGACGGAAUGGCCCUAUCCAAACUUAAUAUGCUCCAUUGGCAUCUUUCAGAUACCCAGUCAUGGCCACUAGAAGUCCGCUCGUACCCUCAGAUGACAAAAGAUGCCUACUCUCACAGGGAAACUCUCUCGCCUCACGAUGUCCGUCAGGUUAUCGAAUAUGGUCGCGCUCGUGGUGUCCGUGUCGUCCCAGAAAUCAGCAUGCCCAGCCACUCUGCUUCUGGCUGGAAACAAGUCGACCCUGAUAUAGUGGCGUGCGAGGACUCAUGGUGGUCGAAUGACGUCUGGGAGAAGCAUACUUCGGUCGAGCCGAAUCCCGGCCAACUGGAUAUCGCCAACGAUAAGACUUACCAUGUCGCCGAGACAGUCUACAGGGAUGUCAGUCGGCUCUUCACUGACCACUGGUUUCACAUCGGUGGUGACGAGCUCCGGACUAACUGCUACAAGACGAGCAAGCAUGUCAGAGCAUGGCUCCAAGAGGAUUCUUCUCGCACUUUUGACUCUCUUCUCCAACACUGGGUCGACAAGAUCGUUCCUAGGCUGAAGAAAGUGAACAAAAACCACCGUCUCAUCAUGUGGGAAGACAUCCUUCUCUCUCAAGUCAUGCAUGCCGACGAGCUCCCCAAAGACGUCAUCAUGCAGGCCUGGAAUGGCGGUCUCAGCCACAUCAAGAAUCUCACCAGCAGGGGCCACGACGUGAUCGUUUCCUCGGCUGACUUUAUGUAUCUCGACUGCGGCUACGGCGGCUGGGUCGGCAAUGAUCCUCGCUACAACGAGAUGGAGAACCCGGACCCAAGCAAACCCACCUUCAACUACCUUGGUCCCGGAGGCUCCUGGUGCGCUCCAUACAAGACCUGGCAACGCAUCUACGACUACGACUUCACCGACGGCCUCACAGACGACGAAAAGAAGCGCGUUCUCGGCGCAGUGGCUCCCCUGUGGUCCGAACAAGUCGACGACGUUGUCAUUUCGUACAAGAUGUGGCCUCGCGCCGCCGCGUUGGCCGAGCUUGUUUGGUCUGGCAACGUGGACAAAAACGGCCAGAAGCGGACGACGCUUAUGACUCAACGGAUUCUGAAUUUCCGCGAGUAUCUCGUCGCUAAUGGUAUCCCGGCGGCUCCUCUACAGCCAAAGUACUGUCUGCAGCAUCCGCACCACUGCGAUCUUUUUUAUAACCAGACAGCAGUGGUGUGA